GACUCCAGCCAGGAGCGGCGAUUCCUGGCUCUUGCAACGCUUUGGUCGGUGGUCAUCUUCGUUCUCCUCCCGGGUCCGGCGGGGCUGUUCGUUGACAUUGCCGCUCCGGCUGCCGCCGCUUCCUGCCCUGAGGGAUCAUGAUGCGCUUCCACCUUUCCGCAGUUGUUGGCUCAGGGCUCGCCCUGCUCUUUCUCGUCCUGGGAGCUGUUCAGCCUUAUGCAUUGGAACUUAAUUUGACAGAUUCAGAAGUCACUUGCCUGUAUGCAAAAUGGCAGAUGAAUUUCACAAUAUCAUAUGAAACUACAAACAAAACCUAUAAAACUGUAACAAUCUCAGAACCUCAUAACGUGACAUAUAAAGGAAGCAGAUGUGGAAAUGAGAAGAAUGUUGCCAAAAUAAUGGUACAUUAUGGAUCUGCACUCUCCUGGACUGUGAAUUUUACCAAGGAAGCACCUGAUUAUUUAGUUGAUAGCAUCUCAUUAUCCUACAAUACUAGUGAUAGCCAAUUUCCUGAUGCUGCACCUAAAGGGAUUAUUUACGUUAGUGACUCUCCGGGGCUCAAAAUUCCACUGAAUGACAUCUUUAGGUGUAAUAGUUUAUUAACUGUCACCGUGCCUUCUGUUGUCCAGCAGUACUGGGAUAUUCUUCUGCAAGCUUAUGUCCAAAAUGGCACAGUGAGUAAAAAUGAAUUUGUAUGUUAUGAAGACAAAACUACCACACCUCCAGUACCCAUCAUUCACACCACUGUGCCAUCCCCUACUACAACACCCACUCCAAAGGAAAAACCAGAGGUUGGAAUCUACUCUGUUAAAAAUGACGGUGUCACUUGUCUGCUGGUGACCAUGGGGCUGCAGCUGAACAUCACACAGGAGAAGGUUUCCUCAGUUAUUAAUAUCAACCCUAAUUCAACUGGCUUCACUGGCAGCUGCACUCCUCAAAUUGCUCAACUUAGGCUGAACAACAGCAGAAUUAAGUAUCUUGACUUUGUUUUUGCUGUGAAAAAUGAAAACCGAUUCUAUCUGAAGGAAGUGAAUGUCAGCAUGUAUUUGGUUAAUGGCUCUGUUUUCAGUGUUGCAAAUAACAACCUUAGCUCCUGGGAUGCUCCUCUGGGAAGUUCUUACAUGUGCAAGAAAGAGCAGGUUGUUUCCGUGUCUGGAACGUUUCAGAUAAAUACUUUUGAUCUAAGAGUUCAACCUUUUAAUGUGACAGAAGGAAAGUAUUCUACAGCCCAGGAGUGUUCGCUGGAUGAUGACACCAUUCUAAUACCAAUUAUAGUUGGUGCUGGUCUUUCAGGCUUGAUUAUCGUUAUAGUGAUUGCUUACCUAAUUGGCAGAAGAAAAAGUUAUGCUGGAUAUCAAACUCUGUAACACUAAUCCACAUGUGAGCUCUGUUACAAAAUAAUAAAGCAAGUACAAGUUCCAAUAUGCAAUACUGUUCAAUUUAAGGUACAUUUAGUUACAGUGCUGCUCUUAGAAUGGGUGGUAUAGUAGAUUUCAAACUUAAACCAAAAAACAAAACAAAACAAAAAUCCAAAAUACUAUAAAUGAAAAAUGAGUCAUGUGAUUUUGGUUUCCCCAACCAAGAAAUUUACACUUCUAUAGCAAAAGGCACGUGCAAAAAUUCUCCAGAAUAUGGGCUCUGUUAUACUGUCUUGAAUUUGUAUUACAGUAUUUCACUUAUAUAUUCUAACUAGAAAUAGAGUUUAGGAAAAACAACUUUUCAGAAGAUUUCUCUGCCUGCAUGAGGUUGAGUCGGGACAUCCGGUCUCCAGUGGAUUCGUGCUUGCUCCUUCUGGAUUGUUUGUGAUUUUCAUCUUGCAGGUUGACAUAACUGCUUUGGCAUGUAACCUGUGAAAGAGAUAUGAGUAGACCUGAGUAGAGCCCAGUGUAGCAGGCGCUUGCUAGUGCAGUGCUUUUCUCAUGCUUUUUGAAUCCAUUUAUGUUUAAUGUGGCUGAAAUGACAAAAGCAGAUAAGCUUUUUUAAAUUCUAGAAUAGAUGUUAAUCUUUUUAUUUAAUCUUUUAAAACAACUGGGUAUUUCAAUCUUUUAAAUUGCAAGAUACAAGGCUAUUCCAACUGGGCAUUUCAAUCUGUUUUUAGGUGCUUUAGAGAUAAUUGCUAGGCAGUGCCAAAUGGGAGCAUUAGUCCUUUGUACCCAGAAAUUGGCCUCUCCAUGCAGCACUAAAAUUAAUGCAGAUUUCUCUUUAACUUUCCAGUCUUCCUUGUUGGUCGUAAUGUGCUUUGUUCUUUUCUUUUUCUUUAAGAAGAAAUGUCACUAUGUCUUAGGACCUAGAUAAAGAAGUGCACUUACACUCAGAAAAUAACUUGCACCUAAUCCAAAAGUCUUGGUCUUCCCUGAGUCCAUAAGAACGUUACUCAUUUCCAGUUUGCAUUGAUUGCUACAGCAUUUACUAAUUUGGCUUUCAUGUUUAAAUGGUUCUGUGGUAAUCAAAACUUACAUUGUUGUUGUUUAUUAUGGUAGAAUCAUUAUUAAUUCAUGUACUUUGUAUUCAGUUUUGUGCUCAGAGCACUGCAUGAAUUGUCCAUUUACUGUGCAUCACCUAAUGCUUAUAUGAGAGAGCAAACCAAUUCAGCCUGAUAGUUAACACAGCAAGUAUUCCUUGUAGCUCCCAGGAGCUCUUUUAUACGUAUAUACAUACAUACAUACAUACAUACAUACAUACAUACAUACAUACAUGCAUGCAUACAUAUAUACAUAUUGGUAUGGCCCAGCAACUAUUUUUAAAAAUAUUGAUCUGCAGCCAUAUAUAGAAGGUUCUUAUAGUUAUUUAGGGAGGGCACAUUAUAUACCUCCCAUUCAUCAAGAAAUGAGGAACUAUUUGAGUUCCAAAAUACUGAUUUUGAAUGCAUAAUACACAUACAUAUAUACACAUAUGCACACAUAUUUAGGCAAUUGCAUGUUAGUAUGUAAUGUAUAUGUCUGUAACUGUCCUUUGAGUUAUAGAGGAGUGAAAGGUAUUUUCUUACUUUAAUUUGCUGUCUAUGUAGCCUGUAACACAUACUGGCUCAGAAUCAUAUUCCUGACUAACUCUCUCCUAGAGCGACAGGGAGCAGCACAGCCAGCUAAAAAUACUUCUUACAAGUGAAACGGAGAUCCGAUUUUUUUUUUUUAAAAAAAAACAUUUUUCAGUUGAGUGUUGUGGUGCAUGUUUUUAAUCCCAGCACUUAGGAGGCAGAGGCGGGUGGAUCUCUGUGAGGUGGAGGUCAGCUUGGUUUAUAUAACAAGUUACAGGCUAGGCAGGGCUACAUACUGAGACCCUGUCUCAAUUUUAUUUUUCAUUUAAAACUGUAGUUUAGUGUAAGAUUGUUAAUCUUAUAAGAAUGGAUUAUGCUUUUAAGAACACAGGCUUUAUAUAUUUCUCAUGAAUCAACACAAAAUAUCUUUUAAAAAGAAGACUAAUUAAACUACAAGUGGGCGGCACUGGCUUAAUGCUGUUAAUGUUUCUAAAAGUUUUUACAUUUAGAUUAUAUAUCUAAUUCAUAUGAAAAUACCUCCAAAAGCACUGUUUUAUAGAAAAAUUUAACUUCAGUGAAUAUUUUUGUAUUUUACAUGGGCCAGUUUAUGCAUUGCUGUUUACACUGUUAUUUCCUGCAGACACAUACAUGAUCUUUGUACCUUUUGUACUUUUGUUUUGCUUUUAUUUUGCCUGGUUUGUACCUUGAUGGUAGUGUACUCUAUUUGGUUUAGGGUGUUUUUCUUGUUUUAGCAUUUGUAUCACGAAACUGGUCCAUGUAAAUACUUUGCAUGUUUUUUCUUCAAAUGUUUAAUAUACUAGUUGAUGUAUGGUAUCUCUUUUUAGAUAUUUGCCUGUCUGUUUGCUCAACAUUGCUUCUAAAACAAUAAAGAUUCUUUUAUUUC